UGUAUGGGCUAUGGCUAUAUUUCUUUAGUCGAGUUUUUAUUUAAGUGUUUUUAUAUCCCUUGUCAUGAGUGUUGUUUUUUAUGAAAAUAUGUAUAUAAAUAAGAUCGUUUUUAAAUAAUACAUACAAAUUUCUUUAUAAGGCAGCCAGCUUAUAUUUAAAUAAUUUAAAAUUGACAGAAAAAUUUAUAUUCUUAAUAAAUGGAGGAAAGGAAACGAAAGCGAAACUUGUAUGUAACGCCUACACAAAAGAAAAAAUUAAUUGAACUUCUAUCAAAACACCCAAUGCUAUUAUCUGGAAAAAGAACACAGAACUUUACUAAUAUGGAUGCUCAACGGGUAUGGCAAAGUAUAGCAAAAGAAUGUAAUUCUAUACCUGGAUCUAAAAAACAUUGGCGUCAAUGGAAAAAAUCAUGGCAGGAUAUGAGAUCAAAAUAUUUUAAAAGGAAUUCAGUAAAAAUUAAUGAUGGACCAUCUAUAAAAACUUUGAUUACUAAACUAGAGGAGGAAUGCCUUUCAAAUUCUAAGAAUGAUGAGGAUUUUACAGAAACAACAGAAUUUGUGAUGUUAGAUGAAAACCAAGAGAUAUUUCAUGAUGAGAAUCUAUCCCAUGAAUCCAUCAGUGAACCGGCAUCACCACAAGAAGAAAAAGUUUUUGCAAUAGAACCACAACCCGCAGAAACAAAAUCUAACCAUAAGAGUAAUUAUAAAAAUAAUGAACAUGAUUGUGAACCCACAGGUUGUAAUAUAAAUUGUGACAUAUUAUUAUCAAAUGAAAAACGAAAAAUGAAACUAAAAGAAGAUUUUAUUAAUUUCAAAAAAGAUUAUUUUAGACAAAAGUUAAAGCUGUUAAAAGAACAAACAGAAGCUUUAAAAAGUAUUGCUAAGGAAAUAUGUAAUAAAUGAUGUUACCGCUUA